AUGAAGUCCCCAAGAAGAACCACUUUGUGCUUCGUGAUUAUCGCAAUUUAUUCUUCCCAAGCUACACUGAGUUUGAGUUUAGAGUCUAUUGUUUAUCAUUCGCUUCUCCAUGAACAUGAACUAAUGGAGGAGGAUCCAGUAAGACAAAAACGAGCAGUUGCCAUAAGCAGCCCUGCAGCUCAAGAGUUCACCGUCGAUGUUGAGAUCAGUUUUGAAAAUGCCUCCUUCCUGGAGCCUAUUAGAGCUUACUUGAACAACCUCAGUUUUCCAAUUCAAGGGAAUGACACUGACCUAGCUACUAACAUCUUGAGCAUCGAGGUGUCAACAGUCUGCAGACCUACUGGAAAUGAAAUCUGGUGCUCCUGUGAGACAGGCUAUGAGUGGCCUCAGGAAAGUUGCCUUCACAAUCUCACUUGUCAGGGACAUGAUGGUUCCUCUGCAGGGCAUCACUGCAGUUGCCUUAAGGGACUGCCUCCCAAGGGACCUUUUUGCCAGCUCCGGGGAGAUAUUAUCCUGAGAAUGUCGGUCAGACUCAAUGUGGGCUUUCAAGAAGACCUCAGGAACUCUUCCUCUGCCCUCUAUAAGUCCUACAAGACUGACCUGGAAACAGCGUUCUGGAAAGGUUACAGUAUUUUACCAGGCUUCAAAUUGGUGGCGGUGACAGGGUUCAGGCCUGGAAGUGUGGUUGUGAUGUAUGAAAUCUCAACAACAACAACAGCAUCACCUGCAUUAAUGUAUAAAGCGAACGAGAAAGUCACACAGAACCUCAAUCAGACCUACAAGAUGGAGAGCAAUUCCUUUCAGGUCACUUACAGCAAUGAAACGAAAUUCUCCAUCACACCAGAAAUCAUCUUUGAAGGAGAUACAGUAACCCUGAUGUGUGAGAAUGAAGUUUUUUCCACCAACGUGUCCUGGACGCAUGUGGAAACGGACCUCGACAUCCAGAACAACACUGAAGUCUCCAUCUACACCUCUGUGCUCAACAACAUGACCUCUGUGUCCCGCCUUAUUAUCCACAACAUCACUCGGGAUUACACGGGUGAAUACAUUUGCAAACUGACAUUAGAUAUUUUUGAAUAUGCAUCCAGAAGAAAAGUGGAAGUUAUACCCAUCCAGAUACUGGCAAGUGAAGCCACGGAGGUGAUGUGUGACAACAACCCUGUGUCUUUGAGCUGCUGCAGUGAGGUGAACGUGAAUUGGAGUCAAAUUGAAUGGAAGCAGAAAGGGAGUAUAAGCAUUCCAGGAAACGCUGAAAUAGACACAGACACUGGCUGCAGCAGAUACACCCUCAUGGCCAAUGGGACUCAGUGUCCAAGCAGGUCGUCUGGAACGACAGUGGUCUACACGUGUGAGUUCAUCAGUGCCCACGGAGCCAGAGGCAGAAAGGACAUAGAAGUGACCUUCAUCUCUGUGGCCAAGCUAAACAUAACCCCGGACCUAAUUUCUGUUUCUGAGGGACAAAGCUUUUUUAUAAAGUGCAUCAGCGAUAUGAGUAACUAUGAUGAGAUGUACUGGAACACUUCUGCUGGAACUAAAAUAUACAAAAGGUUUUAUACCACGAGGAGGUACCCUGACAGAGCAGAGUCGGUGCUGACAGUCAAGACCUCAACCAGGGAGUGGAAUGGAACCUAUCACUGCGUAUUUCGAUACAAGAAUUUGUACAGGGUCGUGGCCAAAGAUGUCACUGUGUACCCGCUGCCUCUAGAGUCCAACAUCAUGGUUGAUCCUGUGGAAGCUGCAGUACCAUGCCGAAGCUCCCAUCACAUCAGAUGCUGCAUUGAGGAAGAUGCAGACUACAAGGUCAUUUUUCAAGUGGGUUCCUCGUCCUUUCCUGCUGUAAAAGAAGUUAAUGAAAAGCAAGUGUGCUACAAACACCAUUUCAUGGCAGACUCAGUUUCCUGUCCAGAAAAUGUGGAUGUGUUUUGUCACUUUACCAAUGCCGCUAAUAAUUCAGUCCAGAGCCCAUCUAUGAAGCUUCACCUGGUUCCUGGGGAGAGCAUCACUUGCCAGGAUCCUAUCCUAGGUGUUGGGGAGCCUGGGAAAGUCAUCCAGAAGCUUUGCCGGUUCUCGAACAUUACCAGAAGCCCUGAGAGUCCUGUUGGAGGGAUCAUAACUUACAGAUGCGUGGGCUCCCGGUGGCAGAUCAAGAGAAAUGACUGCAUCUCUGCCCCAAUAAACGCUCUGCUCCAGCUGGCCAAGGCUUUGGUUAAGAGCCCCACCCAGGAUGAGAAGCUCCCGUCCUACCUAGGGAAUCUUUCCAUUAGCACAAAGCAGGUGAAACUUGAAGCUGGCUCAUUUUCUGGGACCCUGGGAGCUAUUAUUAGCAUCCUGGACCUGUUCUCAACAGUUCCAACCCAAGUGAAUUCAGAAAUGAUGACGCACGUCCUCUCCACGGUCAACAUCAUCCUUGGCAAGUCUGCCUUGAAUACCUGGAAGAUGUCACAGGAACAAAAAACCAAUUAUAGCUCACAGCUAUUGGAUUCAGUGGAAAGAUUUUCCCGAGUUUUACGGGCAGAAGACAGCACCAUUUCCCAACCUAAUGUGCAGAUGAAGAGCAUGGUCAUAAAACCCGGCCACGCCCAAUCCUAUAGGCAGAGCUUUGUUUUCUUAGACUCUGACCUCUGGGGCAACGUGACUAUCAAUGGAUGCCAGCUGGAACACCUGCAGCCAGAUUCAUUUGUCGUCACCGUGGCUUUCCCAACUCUCAAAACCAUCCUUGACCAGGAUGUUCCAGGAGAGAAUUUUGCCAAUAGCUUGGUGAUGACCACCACCGUCAGCCGCAGCAUAACCACGCCAUUCAGGAUUCUGAUGACUUUCAAAAACAACCACCCCUUGGGCGGGAUACCGCAGUGUGUCUUCUGGAACUUCGACCUCGCCAACCACACCGGGGGGUGGGACAGCAGUGGGUGCUAUGUGAAAGCAGUCACCGAGGACAGCGUGUCCUGCAGCUGUGAGCACCUCACCUCCUUCUCCAUCCUCAUGUCCCCUGACUCCCCAGACCCCGAUUCUCUCCUGAAAAUCCUGCUGGAUAUCAUUUCCUACAUUGGGCUGUGCUUUUCCAUUUUGAGCUUAGCAGCCUGCCUUGUCGUGGAGGCCGUGGUGUGGAAGUCGGUGACCAAGAACCGGACCUCCUCUAUGCGCCACAUCUGCAUUGUCAACAUCACCGCUUCCCUCCUGGUUGCUGACGUCUGGUUCAUCGUGGCCGCCGCCAUCCACGACCAUCGCUUCCCACUCAAUGAGACGGCCUGUGUGGCCGCCACCUUCUUCAUCCACUUCUUCUACCUCAGUGUCUUCUUCUGGAUGCUGACCCUGGGCCUCAUGCUCUUCUACCGCCUGGUUUUCAUCCUGCAUGACACGAGCAAGUCCAUUCAGAAGACAAUCGCCUUUUCCCUGGGGUACGGCUGCCCGCUGCUCAUCUCCGUCAUCACGGUGGGGGCCACCCAGCCCCGGGAGGUCUACACCAGGAAGAAUGCAUGUUGGCUCAAUUGGGAGGACACCAAGGCCCUGCUGGCCUUCGUCAUCCCAGCCCUGGUCAUCGUGGUGGUGAACAUGACCAUCACGGUCGUGGUUGUCACUAAGAUCCUGAGGCCUUCCAUCGGGGACAAGCCGAGCAAGCAGGAGAAGAGCAGCCUGUUCCAGAUCACCAAGAGCAUUGGGGUCCUCACACCGCUCUUGGGACUCACCUGGGGUUUUGGUCUGGCCACCGUGUUCCAGGGGAGCAAUGCUGUGUUCCACAUUGUGUUUACCCUCCUCAAUGCCUUCCAGGGAUUAUUCAUUUUACUCUUUGGAUGCCUCUGGGAUCAGAAGGUGCAGGAAGCCUUGCUCAAUAAGUAUUCACGGUCAAAAUGGUCUUCACAGCACUCAAAGUCAACAUCCAUAGGUUCAUCUACACCUGUAUUUUCUAUGAGCUCUCCGAUAUCAAGAAGAUUUAACAAUUUGUUUGGUAAAACAGGAACAUACAAUGUUUCCACUCCUGAAACAACCAGCUCAUCCCUGGAAAACACAUCCAGUGCUUAUUCAUUGCUCAACUAA